CCAAAGAAGAAGAAUAUCGGCGAAUCUCUUCAGAAAAAAAGGAAUUGCCUACCCGAAGAGAAGUGGCAUUUGUCACUAGGUAUUUUUUGAACAUAUUAACAGUAAUAGUACAGAUUAAAAAUUCGCUUAAAGGGUUUUAAAAGUUGCCGGAAGUUGGCAACACUGCCAUUGUGGUCAAACCAGUAGCCUGACUGAGAGAGAGGAUGCCAGCAGCAGAGGAGUCAUCUGGCAUCAACGGAAUUGUGGACAACAUCUGUAGGCUUUCUCCAGAUCUGUUGGCUGAAGCAUGUCAGCACAUUCUGACGUAUCUUCAAGGGCAGGCUAGAGGAGUAGAUUCAGCUGAAAUUUCUGAUAGAUUUCAGAGAGCUGGAGUCAGACUUGACCAUGAAGCUCUGCAGAACAUUAUCAGAUUUCUGUUGUUAACAUUCAGGUCAGCUGGGAAGAGCAACCUCUCUGGAGAUGACCUUGUGUCGAGGCUGGACGAAGGCAGUAACAAGUGGCCCAAAGCUUCCCUCCAGGUGUUGCACAGGCUGUGGAGUGAACAUGGUGCAUUAGUUCAUGCUCAGCAGGAGGUCCAGGCCAUGCUCAGCAUCGGCCAGUUAGUGGACAUGCAGUGGAGGCUUGGCAUGGCAGUGAGCUCUGACACCUGCCGAUCUCUCAACUCCCCAUAUGUGUCUCUGCUGCUGAAGAUCGUUGAGCCCUCAGGACAUAUUUGUCAGAGGUCUUUUGAGAUGACCAUUCCACAGUUUCAGAACUUUCACAAGCAGUUCAAGGAAAUGGGAGCUGUUAUGGAGACUGUAUGAUGAAGCACACCCAUGUGCUUGUUGCAAUUACACCCCGGUUUACAUGUAACCAGUGGAAAAACAGCUUUACACAGGUGAUUGUCCGCUGGCUGUCUCACAGUGGGGAUACAAAAUACUGCAAAUGUCAGUUCUUAGCUUUGCCCUUAAACUUUUCCACCUGUUGCAAAAGCUCAUAAAUGAUUUUUUUCUUACGACCUCCAGCUGUUAAAAUAGCUGAAAAUGCCUGUUGUCACUUUGAAUGCCAAGAUUUAAGUGUACUUCGUCCCAUUAACUCAACCACAUAUAGUGAAUUUAAUUUUAGAGACAUGUUAUGUAUACCUACACUGCUAAUACUACAAAAUCCUGACUAAUAUUCUAAUUGUGCUACAUUUGUUAAUUUGUUACAGAAUGUUGAACAUUUAUAUGGUUUAGAUUAAUCAUAGUUUUUUUCUGGCUUUGUAAUUAUGAUACAUUUUCAAAAUGGAAAACAACUGUUGCUAAAAUCACUGCUUUUCUGUCUAGGGCAUGAGAUUCUGAUUGUCCCACUAAGCAACAGCCUGUUAUACCACAGUUUCAGAGGUUUAAAAUUUCAUACCUACUUUUAAAAUUUCAUAUCUACUUUGCAGCACAGUUAUUAGUUUGAAAGGCUGGUGAUGUAAAAUGGCCCAUGUGAACUUUUUACAGUCCUUGUGCUUUCUGUUAAUGUCUAAAUUAUUAAGGCCUUUGCUGUCUGUGUUUUCCAUGAUAAGGCUUAAAUGCUCACUGUGUUUCUGAGUUGGCCUUGUAGUUUUUUUUUUUUUGUUCCAUCUUCACUUGGAUGUGAUCCCAAGGUGAGGCAAUGAAUAAUUAUUAAAUGUUAACCUUA